AUGAAUGCUCCACAAGUGACGGUUCAGCGUCCUUUACCAAACCUUUCCAUGAAAAUCUGUGUUUGGAACGUUCGCGGAGCUACUAGGGAUGGUUUCUUGCCCCAUGCAUGGGAAAUUAUUGAUUCUCAACACCCAGCAAUUCUGGUUCUGCUGGAAACAAAAUGUGGAGAAGAUAGAGCUAAGGAGGUUAUGCAGCAGCUACGGUUUGAUGCGUUCAAAGCUAUUCCUUCAACUGGUAAGCGUGGAGGGAUUUGGAUUUUCUGGAAAAAGGUGGUUGAUUUGGUGAUGUAUACAGCUGAGGUAAACCAAUUUCAUGCUUUAUUUCACUUUCAAAAUGUUUCUUCUGAGGUGCUGGUUACGGGUAUGCAUGCAUCAACUCUUCCUAGAAUAAGGCAUGAAAAUUGGAGAAAUCUUCAAGAUAAUCUUCCACCAUCUCAAACUCCUUGGAUGGUGAUGGGUGACUUUAAUGAGGUCAUCUCUCAAGCUGAUAAAAUGGGUGGUAGGGCUUUUCGGCCUUCUCAGUGUCAAGAUCUUCAAAGUUUCAUCAACGCUGCUGGUCUGGUGGAUGUGGGUUUUAAUGGAAAUCCGUACACUUGGACAAAUUCAAGGGAUGGAGCGGAUAUGAUCAAAGAAAGAUUGGAUAGGGCCCUGUUCAAUGCUAGCUGGUUGGAGCAAUUCCCUCAUACCAAGGUGAGUCAUCUUCCUAGAACUUAUUCGGACCAUGCUCCUCUUAUUAUUUCUUUAGAUAAUCCUAGAAUUGCUGGCCCUUUUCCUUUUAGAUGUAAGGAGGUGUGGAUGGAACACCCUAACUUUAAAGAUUUCUUUUCUAAUGCUUGGAUUAAUGAUUCGAAUUGUUUUAUUUUGGGAAGGGAUAAAUUUCUUAAUAAUAUAGGGAGCUGGGUGCAUAAUAUCUUUGGGAAUUUAAAUGUUAAGAAACGUAGAUUGAUUGCCCGUAUUGAUGGCAUUCAAAAAGCCCUUGCUAAUCAUUACUCUGGGUAUCUAGUUAACCUAGAAAAGGAGCUUCUCUUCCAACUAAAUGAUAUUUUUAGGAAGGAAAGAAUUAUUUGGGCUCAAAAAGCAGGCAUUAACUGGAGAAAGUUUGGAGAUUACAACACUAAAUAUUUUGAUAUUUUAGCAAAAAUUAAGAAAAGUAGAGGUAAAGUGCUUGCCUUAAGGGAUUUACAUGGUAAUUGGAUUACAAAUCAACAUGAAUUAAAAGUUUUGGCUAGUAAUCAUUUUCAGUCCUUGUUUCAAACUACCCAUCUGUCUAGUAGGAGAAUUAAUCAGCAUCAAUUCCCAACUGUUCUUUCAGAUAUAGACAAUUUGUAG